AACCGGUCGCCGUUGAUGGGCGAUACUAACAAGACGAUUCAAUAUUUAAGGCGAGUUUUGGACGUGACAGACGCAACGAAGACGUCAGGGAUACGACGCACAGUUCUUCUAUUGAAAGACCCGAGCAAUACGAACAUUAGACGACCAGAAAUGUCGAUUUCUUAUCUUAGCCUGCUAUUGGUGUUGUCUCCUGCCUGGAUGGGAAAUGGAUUACCCACAGAGCCAAAGGAACCAACAUCAAGGGAUUCACGACAGAUGAUAUUCCCUAUUGGUGUAGUACCAUUGCAGCAACCCAGUAAUUUCUUCGACUAUGGCACUUUAGUGCAAAAUUUGCAUCCAGCAGUAAAACAUAGAUUGCUGGAAGCCUUGGUAACUGCAACAACAGCACUAUCCGAAAAUUCUCCUUUGUCCCCUUUGCCUUUGGCACCUGGUUACAAAGCUGGAACACGGCCAGACAAUUUGAAUUCAUUGAAUCUCGACUCGAAUUUCGAAAAUCUCGCUUCCGACGAAGAAAUCUUCCAAAAGGUCAGCCACCUGCUGCCAUAUUCACUAGAAGAACUAAGAGAUAUGCAAUCACGACUGGGAAUCAAUGCAGUUGUUACCAUUAUCAUCCGAGCCCUGCUUGGCCAGCUUGUCAAUAUUGUACUACUACCCAUCAUUAUGAGCAUAUUCACUGGUUUGAUUGCUGGAUAAGCUGGGAGUCUGCUUUACGACAACCACUCCGUUACGCUACUUUAACUCUUUUUGUUAACUACCGGUAGUUUUUAUGAGUGGUUUCCUCAAAUCAAUUCAUAUUAAACUUGAUUGUUUCAUUCCUUUCCUAUCUACUUGAACUUGAUUAAGGACUAUUUAAUACACGAAUCCAAUUCUUCA